AUGGUUUUUUUAAAUAAUAAUGAAUAUUAUGAUUAUUUUAAUUUAACCAAACUAUUGCAAAAAGAUAAUAAUACUAUUGGUUCAAGUAUUAGUAUAGUUAAGCCUAAACACUCUUAUUAUUCAUAUGGUUCAAUAGAUUUAAAAAAUUUACCACCAAUUUCAAUAAAUAUAAAUAAUAAUGACAAUUUAGAAUUUCAACCACCAUAUGAUAAUUCAGAAAUAAAAGAAUUGGUUUUAAAAUUGGAAAAUGAUAAAAUUGAACAAGAUUCUCAAGAUAAAAAAGAGAUUUAUGAAAUUCCAUCAAACGUUAUAGAUAUAGAGGCAUUUGAAAAUGGAAAUAAAUUAAUGGAACAAAUUUUAGAAAGGGUCAAAAACGAUUUUGGUAUAUUAAAAAGCGAAAAUAUCAAAGCAAAACUAAACAAAUUAAUAAUUUAUGGUGAAGGAAGUGCAUAUCAAAUUCCAAUAGAAAAUAAUCAACACCAUUCAGAUGGUCACAAUGUUUUUGGAUCUUUACAAAUUUUAUUACCAGCUGGUGAAUCAGAAGGUGGUGAAUUAACAAUUGGGCAUUCUGAUCAAAUUGGUGAUUCAGUUACACUGGCAACCAAUAAUAUAAAAGAAAAUUCAAUUAAAUAUACUGCAUUUUAUUCAGAGUGUUUGGUUCAGGGCGGCAAAGUUACAAGCGGUUUCAAAGUUGCUUUGGAUUACAGUUUAGUUCAAGUUUUAAAUGAUAACAAAGAGAAUCUUGUUGAAAAUAUUUCAUUAUCAUAUUACAAGGAUUUAUUAAAUGAGGACCCAGUAGUUCCAAAGCUAUCUGAAGAAAUUAAUAAUUUAUUAUCAGUUGAAAAGGGUUUAAAAUUAAUCUAUGUACUAGAAAAUGACUAUUUAAAUAAAACCUGUAACGAUAAUAAUAAUAAUAAUAAUAAUAAUAAUAAAAAUAAAAAUAAAAAUAAUAAUAAUAAUAAUAACAAUGAUAGUAGCAAUAGUGAUGGUGAAGAAUCAAUAAACUAUGACGAUUAUUUAAAAUAUGAUAAUAACGAGAAUCAUAAUUUUAAAAUUAAAAAAAUUAAUAAUAAUAAAAAUAAUUUAAAAAGAAAAUCAACCCCGAACGAUAGUUUUAUAAAUAUAAAAAAUAAAAUAAAAUCAAAAAACCUUAAAGUUAAUGGCGAUCAACAAGAGGAACAACCAAAGAAACCAAGCGAUAUAGUAUGUUUUAGAGAUUUAAUUGGAAGAGAUAAGAAUGUAGCAAAUAGAUUACUUCAAGUUUCAAAAAAAAUUGGCUUAUAUGUUUUUCUUGCGGAACUACAUAUUCAAGAAAGUGCAAUAGGUUAUAUAAAUAACAAUAAAAACAAUAAUAGCAACUACAAUAGUAUAGCAGAUAAUCUAGGGGAAUGGAAAUCUGACAACGAUAGCGAAGAUGAAGAGUCAAAACGAUACAAAUCAAAACGAAGAUACUAUUACAGCUAUAAUAAUUAUAAAACCACAACAACCACAACAACAACCACAACAACCACAACAUCUAACAGACCAAAUAUAGCAACUAGAUCUAAACCAAAAAAACCAAACGGUGAAUCUGAUGAAAGUGACAGUAAUGAUAGCAAUAAUAGAAACAAUGAGGGCAAUAAAGAUUUUAUUGAAGUCGAAAAAGAAAGCCAACAAGCACUCUGUAACUUUAUAGAUGACAGGGAAGUUUUUAUUGAUGUCAAUAUGGUAACAGAAAAGUAUAGCGAAGUAUUGCCCUUUGGUUCAUUAGCCAAUAUUAAACCCUAUGAUGUCCAAAGUGAAGAUUUGGAUGGUACUUGUACAGAAGAUAGAUAUUAUCGUACCAAUGUUUUAGUAUUUUUCAAAAAAGAAGAAAGAAAAGAAGUUGUCAAUGGGUACUGUGUUGAAAUAUUAUCACAAAAGAAUUUUAUCGAUUACUUUAUUAUGGAUACUAUUAAAUUUUUAGAAAGUAGUGGUAGAUCCACCAACUGUCAAGCAAUAGCCAAUUUACUUAUUGAAGCUAUAGAUCUAUCUGUUUUGUCGCCUAAUAUACCCGAUGAAUAUUUAGAUUUAAUAAAGAAAAGAUUACCAAAUCGCUAUCAAGAGUUUAAUUUAAUCAAUUCAAAGCGUUUCCUAAAGCAACCAUUUGUAUUUUUCGACCAAAUUGAAACCAUUAUUCAUAAUUUCAAAGAGGAAGAGCUUGAACAAUUAGCCUUAAGUUAUGAAAACGAUCUCAAUUAUAUAUUUGGUACAAGGAACAAAGAUUUCAUCGAAACCAAAUUAUUCGAAUUGUACAGUCAAAAGCUUUUACCAUAUCAUUCAACUCACCCCUAUUUAAUAACUGAGGGUGUUAUUCGAUCAUUUGUUAAAAAAUACAGGCAAAUAUUUAUUCCAACAACCUUUAGUAAUCUUAAUGGCGAUCUUGCACGAACCUUACAAAUCACAUUAAAAUAUUUAGAUAGCCCUAAUCUUUUUAUCAGUACUCUAAAUAAACAAUUAACCAAACUCUAUAAGAGCAUUACCACACCAAAUACAAAUCAAUACAAUCAAAUGAUGGCCUUUUACAACUCAGCCGGAUCAGAGCUAUCCUACCAAAAGAUAGAAUUUCAAAGAUACUAUGAUACAAUAGUGAGCAACAAAGAUAAUCUAUUCCCAUUAAAAGCAACUCCACAAAGACUAUACGAAAUCUGGACAUCAUACAUUACACUCAAUGAUAUUCGACAAUCUUUUGCAAAACAGAUGGAACUAGCAAAAUUUAUUACCCAGAACUACCACUUUGAAUUAAUGGAUAAAUUAAUUAAAGAGUUUCGUUUAGAGAAUAUAACAGGUAACUUUAAUUUAGAUGCCUUCAUUGUAAUUUGGAAAUCAACUACCACCAGUAUCAUUAAAGAGCUUUCAAAGAAUAAAGUAAUGAAUUACUCAUUAGAGGGUACACCAAUGACCGAACCAGAAUGCGAACAAUUAAAUAAUUUCCUCCAAGAUAAAAACCAAACCCAAUUUCGAUUAUUAUGUGGUCAAACUAUACUCAGAAAUCAAAUAUAUAAAUAUUUAUCCUCUCGUUUGGAUCUAUCUGUUUUUAAAAGUGGUAAAUCUCCAAUCUAUAUAAACAUUACAAAGAACCCAAUUUCCUCAAAAAACGACCUAACUCCUCAACAAACAGAUCAAUAUUUACAAAUGCUAAAAUAUCUUUACGAAUUCUCACAAAAUUUCCCACCAUACAAAUUUACUUUAGAUUUAGUUAAUCCCAUUAUUGAUGUUUUAAUGAAUAAUAAAGUACUUUAA